CUGUGAUGUAAGGUCGUACAUCCCGCACUUGUCAGUGUGCCAGCGGGUCAGUGCGUUUCCCAGCCGCUGUCAGACUGACCGGAAUAGCGCACAGACUUAUGUUUCUAUUUGUGAUACGGACUCGUUUAUGGAUAAACAGCGCGGAAGUGCGUGAUUCGGUGAAAGGACGCGCUCCGGUUCAUUUUCAAGGUACGGCAGACGGCAGGUUGGCUCCUGUAGUGAAGCAAUCACUGCCUCCCGUGAAACCGGUUCCUCGUCCUUGCCUAGCUCAAUAACAGCUGAAUAACAUGACACAAAGUCGUUUAAUGUGCAUUUAAGAGUGGUAAGUUGCGUUCACGGUAGUUUUGUUGUGUUCUGACGUCAUAACUCCAGGCUGGUCCCUCAACAGCUGAAGAACAUGACACAGUGUAAUAUAGUUGCUAAAUUAUAGUGGCAGGUUGCGGCUCAGGUCCCUUUUGUGUUGACAUGACGUCAUGGCCCUUGGUGAAUGACCUCCCAGAGGUCAGUUCCGGUCGGGACAGCUGCUGGCUCCAGGAGGAAUGAGAUAUGAGCAGUCUUACGAAGAAGACACGGUUUAUUAACAGUCCUGGCAAUAAGCUGUCUUUUGGCAAUAGAGACUGGAACGAUGCCUUCAUCAGCUUCUACGACGAGUCCAUUAGGAGAGGGAUGUACGCAGUGCGGUCAGACACGGACAGACACCCUUCACCACGUGACAGAAUGACACUGAGACUCGGGAACCAUGAGGAUCCUGCCUCGGACGUCCUCCCUAGGGGUCGUCUGGACCCACGCAGACCUCCAGUCACCAGCUACCUCCAUGCCAGCAAUACAGCUUACUGCACAGACCCUGCCUCAGACAGCCACGGGACGGAGCGUCUGCUCGGCAUUCGGAGAGCGACCUGGUCCAGCGCGUCCAAACACCGCCUCCAGGUGAUCGCCGAGCUGGGGCCCGAGGAGGUCAGGUGGUUUUACAAAGAGGACAAGAAGACAUGGAAGCCCUUCCUGGGACACGACUCUCUCAGGAUAGAAAUCAUGUAUCGCAGAUUCUGCGAGUUAAACCCGGAAAGGGCUUUGAGGCGUGGUGGAGAGGAGACUCCUGAAGACGAUGGGCCUGAUGGAGGUCAGUCGUCACUGAAUACCAGCAGAGAGAGAUAUGAGAGCGCUGUAGAAGCAGUGUGUGUCAGAGGAGGACUCUAUGAAGUGGAUGUGAUGAAUAAAGAGUGCUAUCCAGUGUACUGGAAUCAACAGGAUCGUAUCCCUGUCAUGAGAGGCCAGUGGUUCAUUGAUGGCACAUGGACGCCUGUAGAGGAGGAUGAGAGUGACCUCAUAGAGGAAGAACACCUGGCGUGUUUCAGAGGACAACAGAUACAGGACGCUUUUGAGACUGACACGCUGAGCAAGACUGUGGACAGAAAAGAUGUUCUUUCCCAUUUCCCCCCAUUCUACCUCGCCUUUCUAUUCAAAUGGAGUGGAUAUCAGACGAGUGCUAAAAGUCACAAGCGAAAGCGAUGCCAAGCCAUUCACAGUCUGCAGUUGAGCCGCAGUCAUGUGGACUGGUACAGCGUGGACGAGGUGUAUCUGUACAGUGAUGCCACCACGUCUAAGAUCGCACGCACCGUCACGCAGAAGCUGGGCUUCUCGAAAGCCUCCAGCAGUGGCACCAGACUGCACCGCGGCUUCGUGGAAGAGGCCUCGCUGGACGAUAAACCUCCUCAGACCACACACAUUGUGUUUGUGGUCCAUGGCAUUGGACAGAAGAUGGAUAAGGAUCGUAUCAUCAAAAACACUGGCAUGCUGAGGGAAGCUGUGAGGAAGAUGGAGGAGAAGCACUUCGCUGAUCAAACAGAGGAACACGUGGAGUUCCUGCCGGUCGAGUGGCGCUCCAAACUUGCUUUAGACGGCGACACAGUGGAGUCAAUCACACCAGAUAAAGUGAGAGGCCUGAGAGACUUACUCAACAGCAGCGCCAUGGACAUCAUGUACUACACCAGCCCUCUCUACAGAGACGAGAUCACUAAAGGUUUGACGCAGGAGCUCAACCGUCUCUAUUCUCUCUUCUGCUCACGAAACCCUGAGUUUGAGAGCAGAGGCGGCAAAGUGUCCAUCAUCUCCCACUCGCUGGGCUGCGUGAUCACCUUCGAUAUCAUGACCGGCUGGGAUCCUGUGCACUUCUGUCUGCAAGAACAUCAGGAUCAUCUGGAGGGAGAAGAUCUACACUGGACCACUCAUGAAGAGCGCCACCUGCUGGAGGACGUGCAAUUAACCAGACGAAGGUUGCAAGAUCUGCAAGAUCAACUUCAGGGCCUGAAGGCAUCUAAACCCGCACCCUUCCCUACAUUAAAGUUUAAGGUGGAGAACUUCUUCUGCAUGGGGUCUCCUCUGGCUGUGUUUCUGGCUUUGAGAGGCAUCCGUCCCGGAGACACCGGUGACCAGGACCACAUCAUGCCCAAAUCCAUCUGCCGGCGCCUCUUCAACAUCUUCCACCCAACAGAUCCUGUGGCUUAUCGACUGGAGCCACUUGUUUUAAAGCACUACAGCAAUAUCGCACCUGUGCAGAUACACUGGUGUAACACCAUCAGCCCCACCCCGUACGAUGAGGUCAGACCCACGUAUCUGAACACGAGUAAGAGCGCAGCGUCCGACACGGAGAACGGCUCCAGUCCCAGCAGCUCACCUGUACUGAGCAGGACACACUACGGAGAGUCCUUCACCAGCCUGGGCAAGGCCAGCAUACUGGGCGCUGCUAGUAUCGGCAAGGGCAUCGGCGGGAUGUUAUUCUCUCACUUCUCUCGAUCACCCAGCCUGCCGUCAGCCGUGGAUUCUGGGAUUGGUGACAGUGAGGACGGCCAAAGCACUUUUACAUUUUCAGCCAUAUCUCCAUCCUCUUCGUCCUCUUUAUUCGAUGCAGCGGUUGAGAUGGAGCAUCGCAUUGACUACGAGCUUCGGGAGGGUUUGGUGGAGAGCCGCUAUUGGUCAGCUGUGACCUCACACACGGCCUACUGGACGUCCCAUGACGUCGCCCUGUUUCUCCUGACCUUCAUAUACAAGCCACAGAGCACAGACCAGACAGAAAACCCCAGUCCCGUGUAGCACAGACAGCACUUUCCACAAUAAAGACUGUUGUCCUCCUGUCCGCUCUGGGUCUCUUCGAAGAACACUCGGUGCCUCUGAGUUUCCUAAGCCUUCCCAAGCAGACAGAGACUAUGCAAGCCCUGCAGCUCCCAACCUCAUUAUUGAGAAAAACUCAUAUUUUUUAUAUAGUAAGUCCAAAGAAUGCACCUGAUCCAUAAGAGGAGUAUGCAGCA